AAGAAAACAAUGAACGAAACUGAUUUAAUUAUAAUUCGAAGAGUUCAGCAGCAUCCGUGCUUGUACAAUAAGUUGGACAUUGGUUUUCGUAUUCCCCAGGAAAGAGACAAAGCGUGGGCAAGCGUGGCUGCCGCCUGCGGUUUAACAGUUCAAAAAACGAAAAUUCGUUGGAAAGUUUUGCGAAAUCAUUUUGUGCGUGAACAGCAUAAAUCUGAAGAUGAACGAACUUGGGAAUUCAAUAAUGAUAUAAUAUAUCUAAAAGAUCACAUUCAGCUGCGCGGUUGGCAGAACAUUCAAAAUGAAUCUCAGAUGGAACUGGACAAUAAUCAGCCUGUAGAAGCUAUCGACGUUACCAAUGAAAAAGAUAAUAACAAUAUAGAUGAAUACGAGGAUAAUUCCAUGACCAACUUUGUCAACGAGACGCCAGUUAAAACACUACAGCAAGCUGAAUCAGAGUUUGUCAAGGUGAUGGGUCUUCUAGAGGACGUUUUGAAGGAGAAGCUCAGCGAGCAAAAGACUACACCAAGUGAAACACACUGCGGAUCUCUGUGUCAAAGGAAUGACGAGCAGGAUCCUUACUACAAGUUCCUAGAAAGCAUACUAAAUCGCGUGAAUGAAACAAAACGCGUCGAUAUACAAUUUAAAUUAUUGAAUUUGGCAAACGAGCUAAUAAAAAAGGCAAACGACAUAUGAAACUCCAAAUUAAAAA